AUGGCCCCCGUCCGUCUGCCGGCCUUCAUUCUAAAAACACGAGGCCCGCUUCCGUGCACCGGGGCCUUCGAGUUUUCGCCCCACUAUUUUCCAGGUUCCACGCCUAGCCAUUCCGCCGCCAAUCCGCUGCCCGCGUCCGCAAUUUUUCUGUCCCUCCUGUGCGUGUCGUGCGCGCAAGAGGCGGCCGGCUUGCGGCUUGCGUACGUGCUUGCGUCCGCACCCAGCUGCGACCCCGCACCAGCCAUUCGGGCCUCGUCUCUCCCCCCCCGCCGCGACGGCGACCUCCGGGCGGCCCUUGGAACCGAUUCGCGCCCACAGCAGACUGCUUUCAACAAGCUGACGUCUCCCUAUCUCAUGAUGCGAUCACCCGCUUUCGUCAGUCGUCCUCUGAGAUCAUCCCGUCCUGCCCUUGCCUUUCCGGGACCCCCGCUGCCAGGCCGAUGCGCCAGCGAGCCUGCGAUGCAUGAGGCCGCCCGCUCAACGUGGCCCAUGCUUGUUCUAGGUGAGAGCCUCGCCGCGCACACGAGGCUGCGUUCUCAGGACAAUCGCGAGUGCAUCUUUGACAACCACAACAACGCGCCGUCUGAGCUGACUCUUUUGGGCGGUUCGGAGCGUCUGCCCGCACACCGCUUCUGCGUCGUGUCUGCCUGCAUCCCCAGCGCUUCACCUGUGGGAACGGCUGUCCCUGAGCACCGACUCCACUUCCCUGGCUGGCCUUCCUUUCUGGCUAUUGUUCUCUGGGCAAGGGCGACGUGA